AUCAGGACCGUAUCUGUGGACUAUGUUUGAAGGGCUAUAAGCUCUACUUCGCUAAAGGCGCAGUAAUGAAGAUACAGUAGCAGUCUCAUGGGAAACUAAUGAAGGCUGUUUGUUAUGGCUGAUAUCCAGCUACAUGGCGCAUGACCACGGGGAGCAUCCACCAAACGAUGAUAUCCGUAGUGCUGUGAAAAAGGCGAAUGAGUCCAGGAUACCAUUGGUUAUCUGUGCUGACGCUAACUCGCACCACAUUGUAUGGGGUAGCAGCGACACCAACACAAGAGGUGAGAGUCUUUUCAGUUUCAUACUUAAUAGUAGUUUGGAAGUAGUUAAUAGAGGUUCAGAACCUACCUUCAUUGUUUCAAACAGAAGUGAGGUACUAGACUUAACACUUGUGAGUGCUGAGCACCACAGUAUGAUUAACAAUUGGGCUGUCUCCGACGACUGCUCUUUUUCUGAUCAUCUAUAUAUUGAUUUCAAUAUCAGUGUAACUUAUAGGAAUGAUAAUACCAUUCUAAAUAGGAGGAAGACCAAUUGGGAGUUGCAGAGUGAUGUACUCUCCCGGUCUCUACCAAACCCGCCCACUAUUGAAAAUAGGGACGAUAUUGAGGUAGCAGUUGAGGCACUUACAGAAGCGUUCCAAUCAGCUACUAAUUUGGCCUGUAAGCCGAAUAUCUGCAGGGGUAGGAAUAAGCCACCCUGGUGGAACCCUGAGAUUGCACACGCAAGAAGGGCGUGUCGUAAAUUGUUCAACGAGGCAAAGAGGCUGGGUAACUGGCCGGAAUAUAAGUCCUCAGUGAACCACUUUAAGAACCUUACGAGGAAUGCGAAAAGGAAAGCCUGGAGGGACUUCUGUAGCGGCGUGGAAGGAUCCUCUGAGACUAACCGAUUACGUAAAAUUCUAUCAACUUCACCGGUUGUACCAAGCUAUAUCCAGAAACCCUGUGGUAGAUGGACUCUGAAUAGUAAGGAAACACUUGAGGUCCUAUUAGAUACUCAUUUUCCAGGUUGCCUUCCAGUCGAUGAUGAGACUAUGAAUGGGGCUGCCGAUUCUGUUGCUCCGGGUGAUAACUCUGUUCCGAUAAACAGGGAUAGAAUCCAAUGGGCAAUCAAAAGCUUCGACCCGUUUAAAUCUCCUGGGCCGGAUGGCAUUAUUCCUGCUGAUCUUCAAAAGAACGAAGAAAUAGUAUUAUCUGAGUUAGGCAUGACAGCUCCCAAUCGUUCGAUGCACGACGCAUUUAAUCAAGAGUUGCAAUGCGAAAAACAAUAUGAUUGCGAUGCCUUAAAGUAA